AUGACACUCACGACCUACGAUACCUCCCGGGACUCGUCCGAGCUCGCAGCCCUGAAUCUGUCGCGCCUGUUGGCACGCUUAGAAUACAAUCUCCUCUCUUCCGCGGCGGACUUGAGGCCACUCCGACAAUCAGACUACCAGCGCAAGAGAGUAGGAGCGAACAUAGAAUACGCCCGCACUACCCUCCAGAACCUCGAACGCACCCUCCCCCAGAUCAAGCCUCUCGAACACCGACAGACGCUCCAAACCAAUCUCGCGCAGCAACGCCUCGUCCUCGGCCGCCUCCAGGACUUUCUCGACCAAAUCACCGCCGAAGCGGAGACAAGCCGGGGGAGGAAGCAGCAACGACAAGCCGUCGCGGGGUUUAGCACUGGCACCCCCGCAUCUGGCACUCCCAACGAAGAAAUCGAAGAAGACUCGGACUCGGAUUCCGAACCUCCCGACGGGGAGGAUCUGCUUGGGACUCCCGAAGAAGGCAGCACCACCGACGAAGUAGUCGACGAGGACCGGGACAACGACACCGUCGGAGACCAGCAACAACCACCACCAACUCAAUCCUCCGCGCUCUCCACACCAACCACCACUGAGACAGAAUCCCCAUUACCGACAACGACAACGACCACACCAGCACCAGCACCAGCACCACCAACAGCAACAACAACCCAACCCCACCCCUCAUCAACCCUCCGCAUCCGCACCACCGCCACCACUCCUCAAUCUCCCUCAACCUCAACCCUAACAGCAACCGGCACCUCACUCCACCCCGAAUCCCACCCCUCCCACCCAUCCUCAUCAUCACCACCAAACCCCAACCCACCAGUAACAACAACAGCAACAACAACAGAAGAAACCCUCAUCUCCUCCCGCGCAGAACAAGAAGACCUAACGACCUCGCUCCUCUCGCUCGCCUCGCAGCUCAAAUCCUCCUCGCAGGCCUUCCACGCCUCCCUGGACGCCGAGAAAUCCGUGCUGGCGCGCGCGGUCGACGGGCUCGACCGCACGACGACCAGCAUGGAGUCCGCCGAGCGGCGCAUGGGCGCCCUGCGCCGCAUGUCCGAGGGGAAAGGCUGGUGGGGGCGCAUGAUGCUGUACGCGUGGAUCUUCGGGCUGUGGAUCGUGGCGAUUCUGAUUGUGUAUGUGGGGCCGAAGUUGAGGUUCUAG